UCCGGUGAGAAUCACUUAGUCCAAGAUGGCGGACCUCUUGGGUUCGAUCUUGAGCUCGAUGGAAAAACCUCCUACUGUCGGCGAUCAAGAAAGCCGACGGAAGGCUCGAGAGCAGGCAGCCCGUUUAAAGAAGAUGCAGGAAGAAGAGAAGAGAAAGAAAGCAGAGUUUAGGAAAAAGAUGGAGAAGGAUGUGUCAGACUUCAUCCAGGACAGCACUCUGCAGAAGAAGAAGUAUGAACCUAUGGGGAAGAUAGAGAGAAGCAUCCUGCAUGACGUGGCUGAGGUGGCUGGUUUGACGUCGUUUUCGUUCGGCGAGGACGAGGAGAGCAGAUACGUCAUGCUCUUUAAGAAGGAGUUCGCCCCGUCUGAUGAGGAGCUGGAGGCGUAUCGGAGGGGGGAGGAGUGGGACCAGGCAAAAGCAGAGGAGAGACGCAGGCUGAGGGAACAGGCAGCACUGGAGGAGAAGGCUGCCAGUCAAACAGAGAAGAGGCCAGCCUCUCCCAGCUCCAAUUACAGAGACAAAUACAGCCACCUGAUUGGAACAUCUGCUGCUAAGGAUGCAGCGCACACGCUUGAGGCCAAUCGGGCUUACGGCUGUGUCCCUGUGGCCAAUAAGCGGGACACUCGCUCCAUCGAAGAAGCCAUGAACGAGAUCAGAGCCAAAAAACGACUCAAGAAAGGAGAAGAGGACCCAGGGGCCAGCAGUAGCAGUGGUGGUGGCAAAUUGUAAGAGGAAAGUGAUGUGCACGUGUGUACGUCUGUGGCUGCAAACAGGGUCUGUGUUCAUACUGCUAAAAAUAGUGUUCCUGUACAGUAUUUUACUCUAUAUAGCAAUAGCAGCCAUUUUCAGAAGCCCUUGACGGCCUGUGGGAGGUGUUCAGGGUUGAAUAUUGAUGUGUGAUUGGAGAAAAGCCCUGUGCAAACACUGUUCAACUGGCACUCUAGACUACUGCUCUCUUUCCUCAUAGUCAUUAGUUUAGUAGGAGAACUGUGUGCUUUAUUUCUCUGUGUAUUCCUGGGAUGUUUAACAGAAAGCCUGGGUAAAGGCACCCUGCAGUCCAGGAUUAUUUUAGUAAUAAUCAUAUAUUGACCUGUAGUGUCCUUUUUUCUGUUCUAAUCAUGGUGGAAUCCCCAUAUCCUGAUAUGUCCACUCAAAACAUCAAGGGUCUGAUUUAGUAAGUCAUUUAGCACCCAGCAUCCCCCCUACAAAAAAUGGACAAAAAAAAAACUUAUUUACUGAAAAUUGAACCGUCUAAAUGCUUGGACUAAAUCUAGCCCGAUUGGAGCUAUUUUACUGAUAAAGGAGUUUCUGAUCUACUAGAAUUACCUGAUUACAGUAAGAUGUUUUAGGCAAGUCUGUGGUUAAUACAUUUAAGUAUUAUUUAACUUAAGUGAGUACAAAGCCUAAAUGAAUGGAUGUUAAUUGUUCUUUUUAUCAACUGGUCCUCUUGCACAUUUUAGACAUUUAUCUGAUGACAAUAUAUUCUGAAUAGUUUUUUCUUUAUAUCAGGCCUGGAUUGGAUUGCUUUAAUGUUUUAAUUAAACGAAUGAUAAAAGGCGAAA